UAGUCCGGGAUUAUGGCCAGUCCGGUGGUCGGCACCGGAUACAAUUUCAAGGUGGUUCUGCUCGGCGAGGGAUGCGUCGGCAAGACUUCGGUCGCCCUGCGAUACGUCGAGGACAAGUUCAACGACAAGCAUAUCAGCACGCUACAGGCGUCGUUCCUGAAUAAGAAGCUGAACAUCAACGGGAAAAGAGUGAACUUGGCGAUAUGGGACACCGCCGGGCAAGAAAAGUUUCACGCCUUAGGACCAAUUUAUUACAGAAUGUCUAAUGGGGCCAUUCUCGUUUACGACAUUACGGAUGAGGAUACCUUCCAAAAAGUGAAGAACUGGGUGAAGGAGCUUAAGAAGAUGUUAGGUAGCGAAAUUUGCUUAGCGAUAGCGGGUAAUAAAGUGGACCUGGAGAAGGACAGAAACGUUGCCAUAGAGGAAGCAGAAGAGUAUGCCAAACAAGUGGGCGCCAUGCAUUUCCAUACAUCGGCCAAGUUGAACCAGAAUAUCGAGGAGAUGUUCCUGGACCUGACGCAGCGCAUGAUGCAACGCGCGGACGAGGCCGAGCAAAAGUCCACGCUCACGAGGACCAACAGUACGCGUCGCAAUGUCGUGAUGGUUGAGGACGAGGCAGAACAAGCUCAACCGACUAGAAGUUUCUGCUGCGGCAGUGGUGGUGGCGGAGGCGGUGGCGGUGGCGGCGGUAACGGCAGCUUUUCGUAAACCUUUAAAAUAAAUUUUAAUUCGACUACAGAUGAAAGGUCUAAUUUCGAUAAUGUACGAACUAUAUACAGGAUGGUGCAUCUCAAAUGUGACAAAUUUGCCAAUAGUAAUUUGUUACAUUACAAAAUGCUUUAUCCUGUAUGUGUUUGUAGAUGAGUGCGUUAUGUAUGAAUGUGCAUGUGUAUGCCUAUAUAUAUAUAUAUAUAUAUAUGUAUAUUUUUAGCUGUGACAAUUCUUGGAUAGCAAAGAUAUGUAUAUUUGUAUACAUAUAUGUUGGUGGUGGAAGCUGUGACUUUGUGCCCGACAGAUAAAUUUUUCGAAGACAAAUUUUGCACAUGCCACUUUGUUAAAGAGAGAUAAAUUGUUAAUAUUUUCGAUGACGAUUUUAGAUGUGCACACACGUUAUACAACUGUGGCCUUUUUAUUGUCGUUCGUAAACAUUGUGAGAUAAGCUUUUCCUGACAGAUUUGUCUUUCAAGUAUUUUUGUCAUCUUGAAGAGAUCUGUCUUGUGGGGUUUUCGAAGUUUAGCUUCUCAUUUAGUGCAAUCACGAAGCAAUACGUAAUAUCAUCUUCUCUUCCCAAUCGAUCUUUAUAUUUGGUGUGCAUUUUGAUCAUUAUCAUUCCAGGUAGUUUCUUAACUAUGGCGCGAAUGUAAAGUGUUGCUUGAAUUAUGCGAUCAUAAUGAAAAAGAAAAAAUAGUUUGGUAUAGCGGCAAACCUUACUAUCUAGCUGUCUCGAAUGCCUCAAUCUCGAUGUAGUCGCAUACAUUUUAUAAAAGAGCCAGAAAGUAGAAGCCUCGUCCUAAAUUAUUUAAUUUUCCCAUUGUCGUCUUCAAAUUUUCGACUAUAUCUUCGCAAUCCAAAAAUUGCAGCAAGCUUAUUAACUAAGGACUAACUAAUUGCUAGACGACGCGGUCUUGUCGCGAGACGAGGGCAUUUUCAAGGAAGAAAGACUUUCGGCUUUUAUCCAAACGAUAAGUUAUUGUACAUAUUAAGUGCCGAUAAUUUUAUUGUACAAUAUAUUGAUUUGGACCGUAUAUUAAGUAACACGCAAUAUGUUUAUUCAUCUGAAAUUAUAUAAAUUAGUGAUACAAGAGAGUUGUUUAAAUUAUUGUUACUGUAAGUUAUUUUAUGAACAUAAAAUGGUAACUUGUAAUAA